AUGGGUGCUGGCGCCAGCAGCGCAGCUCCUGAGCCUCCGGUGCCAGGGAUCAGGAGGUCGAUCUCCCAUGCCGCUGCUGCCCUCCCGGCUGACUACGAGGGAGACACCUUGCUUUCGGCGGACGUAGGAGGGACCGGCUCUCGUUUGCACCUGUUCUUGCCUCCUGCAACACUCCAUCCGAAAGAGUGCGACUUCUUUGUCCCACCCGAGCGGAUGAUCUAUGAGAAACAGUUUAAGAACGAGCGCUUCGAAAGUUUCAUGGAGGUGCUCCAGACAUUCCUCAAGGAAGCGGGGAUCGUCAAGCCGCCACUCUUGGCCUGCCUAGCCGUGGCCGGUGUUGUCGUGGAGAACUCGGCCAGGUUUGUGAACCUCGGCUGGGAGAUCAGCGGACGCAAGAUAGAGGAGACCCUGGGCAUCGAGCGGGUGGAGCUCAUCAACGAUUUCGCUGCGCAGGGCUACGGCAUCCUCACCUUGAACAGGGACAAGGAUUGCGAGGCACUGCAGAAGGCCACAGUCAAGGAGGGCGCUCCCAUUGCAGUCAUUGGUGCUGGAACUGGCCUAGGUGAGGCGUUCCUGACGGUGGGUGCAGAAGGUGACUACGAGGUCUGGCCUUCUGAGGGAGGCCACGCCGAGUACGCACCCCGCCAGGAAGGCAGCAACUCUUUGGAGUCCGAGCUCUUGCAGUACCUGCUCAUCAAGUACAGCGAAAAAGCGCGUGUGAGCGUGGAGCGUGUUGCAGCAGGUCGAGGCAUUGCGAACAUUUAUGAGUUCUUGGCUUGGAAGUAUCCGGAGAAGGUAAACAAGGUCGUGCACCGCAGCUUCAUCGGGCCAAUUGAAGGGCCCAGGACGUUUGAUCCGGCUGCGAUCACCAAAGCUGCUACGGGUGGCAUCUGCCAGUUGAGCAAGCAGGCUGUGGAUAUUUGGGCCGGGGCCUACGGAAGCGAGGCCGGCGUGGUCGCCCUGACCUACAUGCCUUUUGGCGGACUCUACCUGACAGGCGGGGUCACGUCCAAGAUGAAGGACUGGCUCAGCGGGAAGACCACGGGGCACAGCACGUUUCUGGAGGCCUUCCUGGACAAGGGCCGCGUCACGCCAAUGCUGAUGCGAGUGCCCGUUUACGUGGUCACCGGGGAGGACAUGGGGGAGAGAGGAGCGAUGCUGAAAGCUACGCGGAUCUACCUGGAGCAGACGAAGAAUAGGCGUAUGUCGCAAGCGUCGAAGUGCAGAGCCGCCCCAGAAUUCAUUGUGAAGCCGAACCCGAUCUCCGUGAUCGCCCCAGGAGGCGGGCAAACGGAGCUCACAGAGAUACAGGAGGAUCUCCAAGCAGACUAG